AUGGAUCUCGUCUCGAGCAUCCGCAAAUCCGGUUCGCGAGGCGGCGUCAAUUUCAGCUGGGAUGAGGUAGCCAACUCGUCUCACCGGGAAAAUUACCUGGGUCACAGUCUCAAGGCCCCCGUGGGCCGAUGGCAGCAGGGGCGGGAUCUAGAAUGGUACGCCAAGAACCCGGCCGAACCGGCCAAGGAGGGAGAGACGGAGCAGGAAAGGGCGGAGAGAGAGAGGAAGGAGGAGCUGAGGAAGUCCCGGUGA